AUGUUGUACGCAACUAUAUUACCGUGGGUGGUGGUGCUUCACAUGCUGCGUGAUAACAGUAGCGAAAUGGAGACAAGAAUAAUUUCAAGAACAUUAAGUGAAGAUUUGAUGGAUUUAUGUACUUAUGAUGGUCAGUGGAAUAUAAAACAGGUAGAUCUCUUGGAUAGUAACGGUGUGCGUUUGAAGAGAUUUCUAAUUGAAUUUUAUUUUCGCGAUGAAGACGAUUUGAAUAGCCACUCUACGAUUUUAAGAAGUAUUUUUAAUGUGGAUAAAGCACCUGAAAUAAAUAUAACAUUGUGUAGUGAGAGUAAUACACUGUUACUGUAUAAAUUGGAAAUUACAAGAUUCCCACACCAUCACCGUAGCAAGCGAAGUGGUUGGGAGGGGAGUACUUUACAGCAAAAGUGGUCAUCCAAUUUGUAUGAGCAAGCCUAUAGAGAUGAGAGAGGUUUGGAGAUAAGUGUAAAAGUACCUAGAGGUGGUAAGAUUACAACUCUCAAACCUAACGAAGGAAGUGAAGGAACCACCACUGAAUUGUGGGGGGAGAAAGAAAUAACUGAGAAGAGUCCACUUCCUAUCCUGGUCACAGAUAAACCUUUAAGCGAAAAGUGUAUGGCAUAUAGAAGAGUGAUUGAGAGUGUUCUGCAUUGGGCUCAUCACCAAUUAGAUAAAUUAGGGGGGAAUGAGAUGUCAGAUGUAGAAUGUGAAGCGAGUAUACCUACUAAGGAACCAAUAGUUUUUCAAGAUAAUUUUAAAAUAACCAUGUACGACGCUAUGCUUGCUACCAUAUACGAUGGCUUUAAAAGGGAUUGGGUGCACUUUUUCAGCAGUGACAGUGACUGUCUGGAUGAAGAAAUUUACGCUGCGCUUCGAGUUUGGGAUAAUAUCUGUGAUGCAAUCAAUAAUACCAGUGGGAACGUUGAGUGUGAAGAGUGGCUUGAAAUUAUAUCAGUUUUGCCAUCAGACUGCUUCCAUACAGUAUUCUCUGAAAGUGUGGGAAAUAUAGUGCUAAACAUUUUAUUGUUGGCUGUUGGUGCAAUUGGUGGACUAGAUAGUAUAUGA